GGCAUGGCCUACUCAAAGUCACGGAUGGGUAAAGAAUGUCAAAAAGGCUGAGAGACUGUGGUGGUUGUGGAAAAGAUUUGGGCAAUGGACCUACAAGCACAACUAUAGCCAGUGUCCUUGCAUGGGGCAAUUAUUUCAAAAAUGAUCCACCAACUUAUUGGAUGAGGACCACAGUUUGCAAUGCUAUCAAUGCGGCAAACUCUUCAAUUCUUGAAGAAUCCCACUUCAUCUUUGUCCUCGAGAAAGGGAAUGAAGUACCUAGCUACAUAGUUAGAUCUCGCCAAUAGCUAUAAUUGACUUUCACUGUUGUGUGUUGUUGAGAAUGCAUAGCUACAUGCAAGCAAA